AUGCUGCAGUUACCUGAAGAGAUGUGGAGAGCUGUUUCCCUCCACACCAGAUGGAAUAUCCAUGAGGAAGCAGAGGAAGCAGAGGAAUCAGAGGAAUCAGAGGAAGCAGACGAAGCAGACGAAGCAGAGGAAGCAGAGGAAGCAGAGGAAUCAGAGGAAGCAGACGAAGCAGAGGAAACAGACGAAGCAGAGGAAGCAGAGGAAGCAGAGGAAGCAGACGAAGCAGAUGAAGCAGACGAAGCAGAGGAAUCACACGAAGCAGACGAAGCAGAGGAAUCAGAGGAAGCAGACAAAUCAGAGGAAGCAGACGAAGCAGAGGAAUCAGAGGAAUCAGAGGAAGCAGACGAAGCAGACAAAGCAGAGGAAGCAGAGGAAGCAGAGGAAGCAGAGGAAUCAGACGAAGCAGAGGAAGCAGACGAAGCAGACGAAGCAGAGGAAGCAGAGGAAGCAGAGGAAUCAGAGGAAGCAGACGAAACAGAGGAAGCAGAGGAAUCAGAGGAAGCAGACGAAGCAGAGGAAGCAGAGGAAUCAGAGGAAGCAGAGGAAGCAGAGGAAGCAGAGGAAGCAGAGGAAGCAGAGGAAGCAGACGAAGCAGAGGAAUCAGACGAAGCAGACGAAGCAGAGGAAGCAGAGGAAGCAGACGAAGCAGAGGAAGCAGAGGAAGCAGAGGAAGCAGAGGGAGCAGAGGAAGCAGAGGAAUCAGAGGAAGCA